AUGGAUAUUGGGUACACUCUGAACCCCGGCACUGUGGGAGCAGAGACAGCUCCAAAUUUGUGGCCCAAACCCUCAGGAGCCAUGCUGCUGUUGAUGACAUUGGCUGUCCUUGCCAUUUCCACCUGCAGAGCCCAGGAUAGCCUGGACAAUUAUCCCGGCCACUAUUUCUAUGUUCGUGGUGAUGAUCAAGGAGAACUCAAGGGCAUCCGGGUCUUUUUAGGUCAUCUAGACGUCAUCGAAGGCAUUCAGCUGCUGUUUGGUGAACAGUGGAGUCACAUCUAUGGAGCUCAGACACAACAUGCACAGACGUUCCUGCUGAACGACGGUGAGCAUGUGAUCGCAGUGGAGGUUAAUGAGAGCGUCUGUGUGAAGUACCUGACACUAGUGACCAGUAAUGGGCGUAAGGUCACUUUGGGACUCAAGAGAGGCAAUCCCUACAAAGUCACUGGGGGUCCCGGCCAGCAUUUGUUGACUCUGGAGGGCAAGUACUUCCAAAACUUUUGCAUCUUUAUGUUGAGGUUCAAGUGGGGACCUGGUCCAGAGGAUUUGAUCUCAGGGAAGCCAGAAGAGCCGAUGGUCAGUUUCAACAAUUCCAAAGAGGAAGACAAAGAUGAAAAAGAUGCAGGCAAUGGUGAAGAUGAAGAUAAAGGCAGUGAGGAUGCUGGUCACAAAGAAGAUGAUGACAGAGGUGAUGAUGACAACAGUGACAAUGGUAAAGACAGCGAGGAAGCCUGUAGAGACAGCAGUGAGAACAGCAGUGACACAGGUAAAGACAGUGAGGAAGAUGGCAGUGAGGACAGCAGUGACACAGGUAAAGACAAUGAGGAAGAUGGCAGUGAGGACAGCAGUGACACAGGUAAAGACAGUGAGGAAGAUGGCAGUGAGGACAGCAGUGACACAGGUAAAGACAGUGAGGAAGAUGGCAGUGAGGACAGCAGUGACACAGGUAAAGACAGUGAGGAAGAUGGCAGUGAGGACAGCAAAGAAGCCUGUAAAUAUGGCAGUGAGGACAACAGUAACUAA